AAUUUACUGGUCCCUUAUUCGCUCUAGUUCAGGCACAAACAUAUUCUUUCUCCAUUCCACCUCAACAACAGCAUCAGCAUCACACCAGCUCGUACUGCACGCAGACAGUACAGCAGCAGAGAAACGAGCUCAUUCACAGGACACAUCGCAAUGCAAUUCACAGGGAGCCGCUACAUCGUCGCCGGCGUCACCCUCCUGAUCGCAUACAUCGCCCUCACAAGCCAGAUCUUUGUCUUCAUUCCAUGGUUCCGGACUAUCUCCCUCACAAGAACCCUUCAGGUCCUGGUGCCUUUCAACAUUGGCGUGGCGUUUAUCUACUGGAACUAUUACCUUGCUUGCACAACUGAACCUGGCUCACCGCCGCCUGGUUGGGGGGCCCCUGAGGUAGUGGAAGUGUGUGAAGAAUCUGAGGGCAGGGAUCAGGAGGACAGACUUAAAGCAGAAACAUCAACAGCGGCUGAUGCAAUAGGAGCAAAAACAGACAACAUUGAGCAUGGCCACUCGACCUCCAUCAACCACAAGGAACCGCACCGCUUGAACCAUAGACAAAAGAACCAUCCUGACCCAAAGGGCUUCAAGACAACCUCGACCAAUCUAAUCAAAAAGAAGACGCCUCUACCACGGUACUGCAGGACAUGCGAGGCCUUUAAGCCGCCUCGGUCGCAUCAUUGCAGGGUUUGCAAGAAAUGUGUCCUAAAAAUGGAUCACCAUUGUCCAUGGAUCAACAACUGUGUGGGACAUUACAAUUACGGGCAUUUCAUCCGCUUCAUCACCUGGGUUUCGAUCACGACGGGUUCUUGUAUGGUCCUACUGCUCUGGAGGUUGGUGGACGCAGUCCAGAACGAGACCUACUACAUGUACACUGGCGAUGGUCCAACAAAGACACAGAUCGUUUUCAUGGCCGUGAACAUCGUCGUAGACGGAGGCGUGCUUUUGGCGGUCGGGUUUUUGACAAUAUACCACCUCUGGAGCAUGAUCAGCAAUACUUCGACGAUCGAGGUCUGGGAACAGGAAAAAGUUGACGCCAUGAUCAAAAAAGGAAAAAUCAGAAAGGUCAAAUAUCCCUACGAUGUUGGUUGUCUCCGCAAUUAUCGUCAGGUCCUGGGGGAGAGCACUUGGUUUUGGUUGUGGCCACAAUCCAUGGUCGGCUCAGGCACAGAGUUUGAUGUCAUCCAAGACAAGGAUGCGGCACUGAUUUGGCCACCGCGCGAGUACCAGACAUCUAAGAAGCAGGACAGGACGUUCGUUUCAGAAUACGCAUCUUCUUCGAUUCGUCACCGUCGCAAUAGGGAUCUGAGCUCAAUGGAAACACCUGUCAGUCCAGAUGGUAACGCCAGCAAUAGAAGGAGCAGGAGCGGCAGAGACGAUCGUGCAUCGGCAAGGCCGCCGUCUCAUUUCCCUACCCAUGUUCGUCGCGGUAGCGAGGGCUGGAUUGUUCAGGAUUUGACGGUUCAGCAGCGUGCAGAAUUAUAUGACAAGCAGAUGCAGUAUCAGCGUGAGAAUGAAAGGCACCAUGAUCAAGAGGAUGGAGAAGAUGAGGACUACCUGGAGGGUUUGUCAGACAUUGAAGACGGCGUCUAUGGGGGACUUCCUGGUGGGAUGCAGGGCAGCCGUCAUUAUCAGGAGUCCGAGGAUUACAACGACGAUGGUGCUCAGCGCGAUGGGGAUGAGGCGCAGGAGAGUUCAGAGGAAGACAAUGAUAUCCCCUACGAUGUUGCCAGCGAUGAGUACGAUGAUGAUGGAUACGGUGACAAUGAUGAGUAUGAAGACGAAGAUUUUGACGAGCAGAAUCCUUAUCUCGCCUAUGACGAGGACGAAGAAGAAGGGGAUGAGCAGGAAGGCGAUGUGGACGAUGAUGAGGUAACUCUCCAGGGCCAGGAUCGACACAAGAUCGGGCGCUUCUUUGAUCACCUCGAUAAUUCUGGCACAGCAUUUGAUGGACGGGAAAUUGACGAGUGGGACGAAGGCGAGGGUGUGGAUGUGGGAUGUCGACCUCCAGGGCUGAAUGGGGCCGAUAUAUCAUCUACGCUGCAGCGCGAGCCCAAGAAGAAGACCUUUUAUACCAUGCUGGUCGAGCGCGAACAGGCACUGAAGAAGCAGAAGGCGAAGGAUUACAGUAAAUAGUGUUAAACCUUGAUAUGAACUUGCACGAGCCACGAUGCUUCUUUCUCCACGAUAGCAUGAACACUUGAUAACGCCAUGAUUCCAAAUUCGUCCUCUGCCGUGGUACGACGGUUAAAAGCUGCCACAAUUAAUUUCCUCCGCUCAUUAAUUCGACGUUAACACGAUAAUGCCGCUCUUUAUUUUCUUUUAAACAAUUGUCUGCGUGAAGAUGAUGGUAAUAGUAGGGAUGUGAAUAAGCACUGGAUCAAGCAAUGUUGGAUGCGCGAAGGUUGUGGACAAUGCUGUCUGAUUCUUCCAGCUUGUCAAACCCUUUACAGUGUUUGACGACGAUCUUUUUGUUGGUCUCCUGUGCAUGUCCACCUAGCAACAUCUCAUCCAUGACUUGAUAUGC